ACCGCUCCGGCUUCUUUCUCUCCACAGUCCCCGGUAGUCACUACCUCCUUCCGGAGGGAAGCAACAACCGAAAACCCAACGACACCCCGCGCCUUUAGGACAAACCUGCCCCUUCGGAGGGCAAGCUCUUCGCCUUGAUGCCAAAUAAGCGACCGUGAGCCAGGCUACCGGAGCCAUAGGCACCAUGAACGACAAGUACCACCGGGCGGCCCGGGAUGGCUACCUGGACCUACUCAGAGAGGCCACUCGGAAGGAGCUGAAUGCGCCUGAUGAAGAUGGAAUGACACCGACUUUAUGGGCUGCGUACCACGGCAACCUUGACGCGCUCCGGCUUAUUGUGGGAAGAGGAGGUGACCAGGACAAGUGUGAUAUCUGGGGGAACACUCCGCUCCACCUGGCCGCCGCCAACGGCCACCACAACUGCCUAUCCUUCCUGGUGUCGUUCGGAGCCAACGUGUGGUGCCUGGACAAUGACUACCACACGCCCCUCGACAUGGCCGCCACCAAGAGCCACAUGGACUGUGUCCGGUACCUGGACUCCAUCGCCGCCAAGCAGUCGGCCCUCAACCCCAAGCUGGUGAGCAAGCUGAAAGACAGAGCAUUCCGCAUGGCGGAGAGGAGGAUAAAGGACUGUGUGAAGAUGCAGCAGAAACACCACCAGCGGAUGGAGAGGAAGUUCUUGAAGGAGAGUGUAGCGUCGGAUAACUCAGAUGCCAUGAGCUUCACUAGUUAUAACAGCAGCAGCACGCUAAACCGCAAACUUCCUCAGUUCAACACUCUCACUUCCAAUAUGCCAUACUCACAGGCCACUCUUCACUCCACAGCCAAGGGUAGGACCAAGAUUAAGAAGAAGCUAGAGAAGAAGAAACAGGUGGACGGCACCUUCAAGAUCUACGAGGAUGGGAGGAAGAGUGUACGCUCGCUGUCUGGCCUUCAGCUUGGCCAGGACGUUAUGUUCCUCAAGCAGGGCACCUAUGCCAACUCCAAGGAUCGCUCGCGUCUCAACAUCCGGGACAUGUUCCCUCACCACGGCAACAACCACGAUUACCAUGACGAUGACCAUGACGAUUAUGAUGACGACCAUGCGGACACCAUCUCCCACAUUUCCCGUGCCAUAAGCGACCCGGGCCUUCACGAGACAGCCUACUCUGAGAUCAGCGCCGACUCAGGCCGCGACUCUUUGUUCACCCGGCCAGGUCUCGGAACCAUGGUGUUCCGACGGAACUACGUAUCCGGCGGUCUCUUCGGGAUCGGAGCCCGGGACAAGGGUUUUGCGGCUGUCAGUGAACCUGUAGGCCGGGCCCCUAACGUUCGUCUCCGUGGCCACCUCCCACGUCGCCAGCCCAGCCUGGACGAUGCAAUAGAGAUAGGCAGCAUCGGCAGUGCCCUGAGCCUCCAGGAGAGGCACCUACAGGAGCUGCCCUGGGAGGAGGCUGAUGUGGGCCUGGACGAGGAGCUGGAGCCUGAAAACGGCCCACUGGAGACCUUCCUGGCCUCCCAGGGCCUGGGGGAGUUCAUGCCCAUCUUCAGGAAGGAGAAAAUCGACCUGGAGGCCCUACUGCUCUGCUCGGACCAGGACCUGACCUCCAUACACAUCCCCCUGGGACCCAGGAAAAAGCUACUAGAGGCCUGUAAGAGACGGUUGGACACCCUGGAGGAACCAGAGGGCAUCGAGGACACUGAUCUCUGAAGUCACAGAGCAAAGAUCCUUUACUGUCAUUCAAGAUGACACAGGAGACCUAGACUUGGCAGUGAAUGUCUGGAUCAGUUCUAGUUAUGAGAUGGUGUUAUGAUCCACAGAGCCUGGUUCUGAUGCCUGUAUACCCAGGGACGUUGCUCCCUGCCUUGGGACAUAGAGAAGAUUACACUGGUCCUGGUAGAGUCCCCAGUGUUCUGGUGCUGUGCAUGAGAGGACAUCUUUAGUCACAUGGCCAAAUGGUCUGGUAGAGCCACGGGUGCCAUGGGACUGUGCCCACACACAUGCUAUCACUGGCACACAACCUUGUGAUUAGGAAUUAUUCUCUCCACUCACUGAUGCACUCACGUUGCCCAUAUGUAAUGUUGUAUUCCAUUUGCAAGUGAACAUUUCAUAAUGUUUUGUCUGUAUAUUUGUGCAAACGUGUAAUGUUAUUUAUUAUUUAUAGAAAUUUUUUAAUUUAUUGUUUAUUACAGACGUUAUUGUAUAGUUUUGUUACUUUACUGUGUAUAAUAAUGGUACUACAGUUAGCUAAGAUGCUAGGAUGCCCAUGCCCAGACUACAAUGUCUUAAAAGGCACCCUAUUCCCAAUACAGUGUCCUUAAAAACAGAAACGUGAGUAUGUCCCAAAUGGCACCCUAUUCCCUACAUAGUGCACUACUUUUGACCAGGGUCCAUAUGGUUCUGGUCAAAAGUAGUGCACUAUCUAGGGAAUAGGGUGCCAUUUGAGACAGAUACACAUUUCUGUUUUUAAGGAGAGUUUGUGUUUUUAAUGAAUAUACUGGAACAUGGUUCCGUGAGAUUAUCCGUCAGUCAGUCUGUGUCUUCAUCCCAAAAGUACCCUAUCCCUUAUGUUGUGUACUUAUUUUGACCAGUGCCCUUAGGGUUCCCUAUGCACUAUAUAGUGAACAGGGUGCUAUUUGGAAUGCAUUCUGUCUGUGCUAAGGUAACUGUUAUCUGGGGUUUGCUGAGGGGCUCCAACCCCGGGGUAUAGUGUUUCACAAGAGGACUGCCUGUGGACUGAUGUGUAUGACUGUGCAUGAAUGUGUUUGAAUGUAACUUCAAUGAUUAUGUAUGAAUACAAACUUUGGGAAACAAAAUAAGUCAUGUUUGGAUGUACUCUCACACAUAACAGUUAUAAUA